UACUACAUGUGAUGUCGUUAAGAUGGCAAUUAAUGUUCGGGCUGAACUGACAUGCCGACAUAACUUAACAGAGAUCCAAGAAGAGACAUGAUCUAUUAAUGCCACCGUCACUAUCUUUAAAACCUUAGUCACUCAGUGGAGAACCGGUUUAUUCACCUUAUUGAAAUGCAUAAUGGAUUUUAUUUUAUACACACGGCAAAUUCUUCAUAAGACAAAAAGAUCUCCUGGUGAUACAAAGCGGCCUUUACUGACAGAAAAGGUGUUGAACAGAGAGGCUUUAAACAUCAAGUGAAAAAAGACGGAAUUUAGGUACCAGGGACUUUACUGAUACGAUAAACAUGAACAAAUGGACAAAACAGACAGAGGACAAAGCUGCAAAGCAGAAACAGUCGAAUGUUUUAAUCGAGAAAAAGGUUUCUUUUCUCGGCCAAUGGUACUCCACAGGACACGACGACAGCGCUUGCCAAGUAUGGAGGAACCAAAUUUCCUCCACAACAGCUGGAACAAAAAACAAACUAAAAAUUACCGAAGCUGGGAUAACAUUCGGUAGUAAAGCCAAUUUUUUCAACCGCUCAAGCGAUGUUUUGAAAUUAGAGGAUAUUCAUGACUUUUAUAUUGGCGACCAGCACCUCUAUAUUAUCGUCUGCGUGGCACGGGUGACACAUACAAAACAACGCAUAUUGCUAUUCCGUUGUCAUAACCUGAAGGAUUGCGAAGAUCUGGUGACAGUUUACAGAAAUCUUGUCGACAGUGGGAUUCGCACGGUCCCCCAGCAGUCACCAGGGACAUCGGAGUGGGACUACCGGUGGGGAUAUAGACUAUCGCGUGGAGGUAAGAGAACAUCGUCUCGGUGCCCCGGAAAACCGUUCAGUCGAUGUAAUACCUGACUACGAGGAACGCUAUCAUCACCAUUCUGAACAAAGCGGGCCCCAGGACUCGUAUUACCGGUAUGGUGAUGGACACAGCCCGGCAGGAGGAGGAAACCAGCAAAGUCACAUUUUUCGCGAAGAAAGGUCAACCUCGAGCAUUGUAACACAAAACCAUGCAAAUAAUCAGCACGCUGGGGAGAGACUCGCCGUGCCGGUGAUAAAACAUCAACAGCAAGGUCCUAUAUACAGCCGCGUCGAGCACGUGGAGGGAACGCGUGAAAAUAUGGGCGCUCGUCAGGGUAAACACACCAGCACACGCCAUUACAACGACAGCCAGCACCACCGAGAAUCAAGACAGCACCAGCAACAGCACGUUCACAGAACAGGUAGAGUGACGAGUUCCAGCGACGAUGAAGCCCGCCAGGUAAUUGACCAUUUUGACCGUGUCGUGGAACGCAGCGCCAGUUCUACAUCACGAGAUAGCCCCAAAAUGGUGCGGAAACCGGUUCAGACGGGAGGAGAAGUGGUAGAAAAGACGUUGGAGGUGCGUCGGUAUCAUAGUAAGCACGAUAGCUCGGAUGAGGAUUACCAGGCUAGGCGUAAACAGGAACAAAUGGAAAAAAUGACACUGGCCGAGCAGGUCAAGUUACGCGAUGAGGUAGAGAACUUAAAGGAACAGGUCGAACAAUUAAAAUUUGCCUCUCUUCAGAGAAAUACCCAGCCCCAGCAGACGGUCAUCGAGACCACCACCUCCACUUCCCAUCAAAACCGCUCUAAACGCCAUGGCGAAAAGAAACGUAAACACCGCCGCCAUAAAAAAUCAGACACGUCGUCUGCUACGGACUCGUCUGCUAGCUCGUCUGAUGAAGUAACCCAGGUCAAAGCUAAGGAAGUGUCAAGCAUGGAGGUGGCUAAAAGUAAUGUUGAUGAUCAUCAUAAAUUAAUGGUCACACACCACACCUUAGACCGCCAUGGUCAGAUGAACCAGAUAGAAACUUUCGGAAACUACGACACGCGCCCCCCUCCCCCGUUGCCAUUGGCCGAGGCCACCGCAGCUGGUGGUCAGCGUGUUACUAAGUCAGCCUACUCAAAGGUGAUAAAAACGUCAACGUCAGGAGGCGGGAAUACUGGACAGAUUGUGAGCAGUGGAAGUGGAGGGGCCGCUGUAAAAGGAAAAUCUCUUAAACUGGUCUCCAGCACUGGUGGCCCUACUUAUGACUGCGAAGGAAACCCAGUUUCACUCAGCCCUGAAAGCUCGACUUAUAGCCAUGCAAUGUACGGCGGUGGAACAACGGGAAGCAGCGGCUACGUCAGCAGCACGUACGGUACCACCGACCGCAGUGGAACCGGUUUGCGCGUCGUGUCAGCGUCGGGAGCUACAGCUAUUGAUAGUGAAGGCAGGCUUAUAAAUGACGGGACCAGCGCACGCAGCGUACAAAGCACUUCAUCCUAUCAGUAUGCAGGUGCCAACGGUCACGGUGAUCCACGUUAUCCACACAGACGGGGAUCCGUACGCCAACCACCUUGUCUACGGGGGCUCUACGUUAAAACGUGACGGUGGCGGCGGUAGUCAAUAUGGAGGAAGCAAUUACCAUACUACAGAACGUCAUUAUAGUGAGCGCGUAAUGUCACCGCCGAGAAUUGAGGUCACACCACCGCAUCCUACGCUGCUUACGCCAAAGAAGGCCGCCAGUGAGUACGGCUACCACUUUCACCGUGACGAGCCCGACUACGGUCACAGUGGCAACAGGGUGCAUAAAGUUACUAGACACACGUCGUCAACAAUCACUCGCCCUGCCGAAAGAGUCUACGUUCAACGUACACCAACCAGUUCACGUAACGUCGUUUAUUACGUCGACGGACACCCCUCCCCUCCUCCCCAGCAGCGUGUUGUUGAGACAGCGCCCAUCUAUGCGUCUUCAGGGGGUUACGAAUCUCGUUUCACGUCGCGCUCUUCAGGAAGCCCAAAGAGACAUUGAAUGUAUUGUAUAAUGAAAAUGAAUGCGACUUGUGUGGACAGUAUGAGGUUGAUAAUGGACUUUUUAAUUGCUUUAUCAGUUAAAUUCUUUUUCCUUUUCUUGUUAGUGCACGUAUGGUGCUAGAUAAGAUUGUUAUCAAAUAUUCCUUUUACAAAAGGAACUUAUAUGAGAUUAUUUAACAGUGAAGGACAUAGAGAGAUGGAUGGAGAGAGGGGGAGGGGCACAUUUUCCACGACCCUAAAUCAUGGAAAUAAUUGACCAUAAUAUUUGGCCGAAUUAGAUCCACUCUUUGAGCCCUGUAGUAAACUUAGUAUAACGAAAGGUGUACCAUUAUCAUACAUCAGAUUACAUUCAUCAGAUUACAGACAGUAUUUAGUGAAUGUUAAAAAUAUAUCGCAUUCAAAAUACGGUUCCGGGUACAUGUACCAGCAAGUUAAUGACUUUCUUUGUGCCAUAUUUCAAUACCAAUGACGUAAUUGUGACCGCCCACCUGGACCUUUUACCUAAGUGUAUUUAAUAUUUGUAGCGCCCCCCUUGCUUUGUAUAAAAUAAAUAGUAUUAUAGUACAAAUAGAACAACAUAUACAUACAGCUGCAAUAUCCAGUGCAUUUUACAAAAUAAAUCCAUUAUAAGAAAUAAAAUAAGUUUGAAAAGCA